ACGCGAAGUAAGACGCCAGGUUCAGGUUGGUUGCCGCCGUUGUUGGUUGAAGAAUGACAAAUUGGCAACCACCUAGCAAAGACGAUAGAGAGACUACGUGAGUACAGAAAGACAAGACGGACAGACAGAGAGAAAAGCAGAGUGCAGAGAAACGAACAGAUCUGAGAAGAGAAAUGCUGGGGAAAGCUCUACUGUCCCUUGUGUUCUUCAUUUUCCUCUUCGUCACCUUCUUCUUCAUCGGAACCGUCGAUUUCAGGUCCUAUUUCCCACCUCCGCCCCUCUCACCUUACCACCAACUUCCUUCCUGCCACACCAGAUCACCUCCUCUCCGAGUCUACAUGUAUGAUCUCCCCCGUCGAUUCAAUAUUGGCAUGAUCGACCGCCGGAGUUCGGACGACACGCCCGUCAAUGCCCAGAAUUUGCCUUCCUGGCCGUCUAGUUCCGGCCUCAAAAGGCAGCACAGUGUUGAAUACUGGAUGAUGGCGUCGCUUCUCUAUGAGGGAGGAGAUGAAGAGUCGAGGGAGGCGGUUAGGGUUUUGGAUCCUGACUCGGCGGAUGUCUUCUUUGUGCCCUUCUUCUCGUCGACGAGUUUCAAUACGCACGGGCAUAACAUGACGGAUCCCGAUACGGAGAUUGAUCGACAACUUCAGAUUGACUUGCUGGAGUUUCUGAGGAAAUCCAAGUAUUGGCAGCGGUCUGGGGGCCGAGAUCAUGUAAUUCCUAUGCAUCACCCAAAUGCUUUCAGAUUUCUUCGGGAUCAGGUGAAUGCAUCUAUUCUUGUUGUUGCAGAUUUUGGGCGCUAUCCAAAAAGCAUGUCAUAUCUGAGCAAAGAUGUGGUGGCCCCGUAUGUACAUGUUGUUGACUCCUUUAUAGAUGAUGACACUCCAGACCCAUUUGAAUCUCGUACCACACUUCUCUUUUUUAGGGGGAGGACAUUCAGAAAAGAUGAAGGAAUUGUCCGGGCAAAAUUAGCUAAGGUACUAGCUGGUUAUGAUGAUGUGCAUUAUGAAAACAGCUUUGCGACAGGAGAAAACAUAAAAGCAUCCUCACAAGGGAUGCGCUUGUCGAAGUUCUGUCUGCACCCUGCAGGAGACACCCCUUCCUCUUGCCGCCUCUUUGAUGCCAUUGUAAGUCAUUGUGUUCCUGUCAUUGUGAGUGACCGGAUCGAACUUCCUUAUGAGGACGAGCUUGACUAUACCCAAUUCUCAGUUUUCUUCUCUAUCCAAGAAGCACUACAACCUGGUUACAUGGUCCAGCAGCUCCACCAAAUCCCAAAUGAGAGAUGGAUCAAGAUGUGGAUGAGGCUGAAGAACAUCUCCCAUCACUAUGAGUUCCAGUAUCCCCCUAAGAGGGGAGAUGCUGUCAACAUGUUGUGGAGACAAGUCAGACACAAGCUUCCUGGAGCCAAGCUUGCAGAACAUAGAAACCGAAGGCUGAAAAUCCCAGAUUGGUGGGGCCGAAGGAGAUGACAGCAGUGACCAUUGGUUCUGCUUUUAUUACACUGUACAUUUAUCAUUCAUCAUUUUAGCAACCCUUCAAAGGGGAAUAAUUGCAUGGAGAGAUCACAUCGCAGUAGCAGUCAAUGUUUUCUAAUCAUGUACCACCUAGUUUGUUUUUCUGCAAUGAUAUAUUUUUCAAAUGUAUUACCUCUCGAGUGUAACCAUCAAUUGUUUUUCAAAGUGAGGCAAAUCUUGAUAAUCCUUUGACAGGUUCA